GAGAAACGAGAGCUUGAUGAGGCAGGUGAUGGUGAAGACUGAUGGGCCGCCGUCGUGGUGGAAGACGAGGACGAAGACGAAUCUGCAGACAUCGAUGCUGGUAUGCAGGAUAUGGGUAUUAGCAUGCAGGAUCGGAAGAGUCCUCGGAUGCUAGGAUUACUAUUUGGUACUCGAGGGUACAAAUCAAAUUCAUCGAUGGAACUUCAUGGAUCAUUUUCUCACGCUGCUGCAUUCCUUUGUCCUCUUUUUUGUCUCGAGAUUGUUUCUCCGUUGCUACCCUGAAGAUCGUAUAAGAUGCUUGAUUUAUUUGUCGCAGCUGCCGGUCAUCUCCCCUUCACCCUCACUGUCACCCUUAUCGCUCCCUGGUGACGCUUUUCUCCCCACUGGUAUGUCUCUAGUCGUCCCACCGUCGAGUCAGUAUUUCUUUUUUUCUAUCGAUAUCGCUGCAACGAUGGAAGUGCAUUGUGAUGGAGAUGAUGAUCUUAUGUUGCAAAAACUGCAUGGUUUACAAGAUAGGAUGUAUGCUGGCUCCUGCUUGAUGAUUGAAGGUCGCGUUAAUAAGGACAAUAAAUACCACGUUAUUGACAUUCGGCCAGUGCGACAGGGUCUUACGAAGCCUCAUCCUCGCAAACCUCAGCAUGCUCGGCCUUCGAUGUGCGUUCACAUCUUGCCAGAAACGGCCCAUCCUAGGUCGAGGGAACCUCUGAAAGUGUUGAAGCCAUUGCCAUGGAACAAUUGCUACCAUCCCACCUGCUACGACAUUUGCGCCAGUGUAGCAACGGAAUGAUGGGACUAUUCUCAGUCACCGUAUGUGGAGUUUUUUCCUCCGUUUAACAAAGCCAUCGCAGAGGAUAUGCGCUACACCCAACUCCUCGGGCUGGAGUAGAUGACGACCAAGUCCUUCGAAUUCUCGAUGGUCAGCAAGACGCCCCAGAUAUAGACAUCUCGGAUGACGCGUCGGAGACGGAUAACAAAACCUUCCUUGCCAAUCACCCCACCUUCGUUUUCAUGAAUCUUACAUUGUAUCGUUAAUCUUUGUUGUAUAAAUCGCAUUCUCUUUAGUGUUACCGGGGGCUUUGCUCCG